AUGACGCGCAAAGGCCCUGGCACAGAUGGCCCUCUACAGACAGCCCUAUUAGAAUCUACGUCUGCAGCCACUACAAGAGCUUCUGACGGUCAAAAGAUAUUCAGCCCUAUAGCUGCAUUCCUCAAUAAACACCGCAGCCAAACCACUGGCCUCGCUCCUCACCUACUGAGAGCCCUCACCGCUCUAAGCGAUGACCUUGCCUCAGUAGCCCAACGACACUUCAACGCCUAUAUCAGCGGCAUCUCGAUAACCUCCAUUCCACCUGCCCCUCCCUUUUCCCCCUCCCCUACCUUGAAUCUCUCACCCCCCUCACCCCCUCCCUCACGUCCCCCUUCAGGUCUUGAACGGUCAACUUAUGCGACUGUCACCCAAUAUGCCCCACCUAUGCCUUUAGUGAAACAACCGCCUCCUGACAACCGGCUCUUUGUACGCCUUCCAGGUGACCAUGCAGCCAGAAAGAUGGAAGCCUACGCUAUCUACUCUAGCCUACGGACACAACUGAACUCAAAUAACUCAGCACUGAAGGAAGUUCAAGCCACGAAGACUGACUUCGCACUAGUUUUCUCAUCCCCAGAAGCCCUCCUGGCCCUCAAAGCUCAAAAAGAGACUAUCUCUGCAUUUUUUGUCAACUGCCAGAUAGAACGCAGCUCCCGAUGGGUCUCAUACCGAGUCACUAAUGUGCCAAGGAAAAUUGGCCAAAUCUCAGAUGGCCGAUACUCUCUAAUCCCUGUUAAUCCCACAAUACUAUCUUCAGAGAUUAGCGAAAUUACGGGUCUCAAGCCUAUCUCAAUCAGUGAGACUACUGCGAGCGUUGCCAAUCCCAACACUCUUUCUUCCAGUUGGUUCGUCAACUUCCCUGAAGAUAUGAAAACACCACUGCCUACCCAGCUACGUCUCUUUGGCACUAUCACUAAUGCUCGCUAUCUCUCAAAAAGGACAGUUGUCCAGUGCACACGAUGCUGGAAAUGGCAUAAUGCACGAUCUUGUGCCCGCCCCUCUCGAUGCCGGCUCUGCGGCUCCUCAGAGCAUACUGAAGGGAGCCAUGUCAACCGCUGCACAGCCCUGGAGCCUCAUCAGUGCCCUCCCAGAUGUAUACACUGCCAUGGACCACAUCCAGCUGAUUCUCCAGAAUGCCUCCUGCGCCCUAAAGGCAACACCAAACAUACUAAAGCUCAACAAGCAGAGAUCCGCAAAUCCUGUGCUAUUAACCUUGCAAAAGCUCGAACUGAAGGAGGAUGUAGCUCUCAGCUUUCCAUUGGCACACAAGAAACACCUAUAGCACUAGACGAGAUGCCAUCUCAGCCUCCAACCCAUGAGAUUAUCUCUCCCUUCCGCUCAGUCACCCCUCCACCACGGGCCCCUACUGAAGAUCCUCCAAUUACAGCUCGUGCAGUCCGCUUUACAACCCCUCAGCCACAGAACCGUUACGUCUAUAAUGCCCCAGCAGGCUCCAUCAGAGCAGGUGAAGCCGCGAAAGCCCUUAGCACCCUUCCAGAGGCGUACUUCCCUCAAGCAACAAUACUCGCAGGCGACCUAAAUCUACUACACAAUAGAUGGCAGCCAUCGCUAAACCGCAGCUCCACAAACUUCGCAGAGCCAUUUAUUAAUUGGCUGGAUCUCCAGGGUCUAGUAUUCAUCUCCGACAUAGAUUGUCCCACACAUGAUAGGGGAAACGUGUUGGACCUCAGCUUUGCCUCAAGCCCUCUAGCACUCGCGGGAGCCAAGGCCAGCAUAGCGAGCCACUUAGACGCAACCUCAGAUCACCGACCACUGAUCACCACUGUACCGUGGGAUCAGAGAUAUCUGGAAACAGCCCAGAAACUGAGAUUUGACACACUAGACCACACCUGCUUCCUCUCACUCCUUACCUCUAAUCUCGCUGAUAUCGAGAGCUCAGCCACGACAAAAGAAGACCUUGACGCACUUGCUAAAAAACUAACAUCUGCAAUCCAAGGAGCAUAUGCAGGCUCUGCUAUGAGAACCAUGUCACAAGGCAUAGGACAACCAUGGUGGAACGAUAACUGCAAAAAAGCUUCACACAAUUACCGCUCAGGCCUCUGCUCAAAAACAGACUUCCGCCGGAUAACUAGGCGGUCUCAACGACAAUUUUGGCAAGAUAAGCUCUCUACAGUAACACAAAUGAAGGAUGUUUUCGAUAUGAGUAAAUGGCAUAAGUCUACAGGCACCUUUCGAAGCCCUCCACUGAGGGAUCCGAUGAGACCCAACAGCUUCCCAGCAGUUGCUGUACAUGAGAAACGAGAUGUACUAGUUCGCAAUCUUCUCCAAAACUUGGCUGAGGCAGGAGAUAUACCUCUGGACUCCCCAGCAGUGCCUUCCACUAGUCUCUACUUCCCAGAUAUAUCGAUGUUACAGGUGGAGAAGUCAGUACUUCACGCAGGAAACACAGCUCCUGGCGCCAACGAAAUCCCAACGUGCAUACUCAAAGUAGCAUGGCAUUUGAUCAAGGAUAAGGUACUAAUGCUAUAUCAAGGUUGUCUAAAGAUUGGUUACCACCCAAAAUGCUUUCGACAUGCAAUCUUAGCAAUUAUCCAGAAACCAAAAAAGACUGAUUGCUCUCCUCUCAGUCCUGGGUAA